UUAAUGCCCAGUUUAAGCAGUACACAAGCUCUGGAUGUUUUCAGAGACACGGCAGGUAGAGCAGUGUGACAUCAGCUCUGCACAUCAGAGACCAGAGUUUAGAUGAAGAUAAUCAGCACUUUUGCAUUCAUGGUAUCAGAAACUUUGCAGCCAAACUCUCCAGAUGGGCAAAGAGCAAUCAAGCCCUCAGAACCACAACUCCCUCAUGAGCCCGGCCCAGCAGCACCCAUCAAAAAGCUGCCUCACAUGGUUUCACUUUUCCUUUCUCCCUGCUGUAUGAUAUGGAAAAUAAUUAUGAUUUUCAGAGACCACACUUUCAAUUAAAAUGGAAACAGCUUCAUUUGUCCUUAGCAGCUGUUUGAACAAUAGUUACAGUGAAGGGCUGCUGAAAUUCGCUUAUCAUUUCAUAUGUGGUAAAUCUUUUUUAAGGCGUAUUUUUACUUCCUUGUUAUCUUUGACCUUCCGGACCCACUUCAGACUCAUAUGUCUACUUUUUUUUCCCUCUGUUGAUGCUGAGCUGAACUGCAGAGCAGCACAUCAAAGCCCCACCCUCUGUGAGUCGGCCAGAUGUCCCAUGGUCAUUUUUAAACUCACACCCCGGCACAUGACAUGGAGCAGUGUGUAAGCAUGUAGACAGAGGUGGAUGGCCCGCUUGGAAAUUGGAAAAGGAAGCCUGUAUUUAUGAGGUGGUUUGAGGUGCUGUGUUAAGACAGGCUUAGCCUGCCACUCUCCCCCUGACAGCCCUGUUUCCCCCUGAGCUAGGGUGACCAGAGACUCACAGAGGUGAAGUAGUGAAGGCAGGAAGCCUGUCAAAGCAGGACCAGACCAGACCUGGACCCAAACAGACUCACAGGCAGGUGAUGCAGCAAAUCUUACUGACAGAACAUGUAAUGUCACAAAAAAACAGUUCACUGGAUUUUUAUUUUUCUAAAAAGCAAACGGCAAACAGAAACUGUGCUUCCUAAUGUUGUUCUUUCAGCCCGGUGCAUGCUGGGAGAGGCUAAACCUUCUGUGACCUUAAAAAGGAUGUACUUUGUAAUGAAACUGAUUUAAACUCAAGAACAAAUAUUUCAAGAAACACAAAUGAUUUAUGCAGUAAAACUCAUAGUCAACAUUUAGUUACCUGCAGCAUUCUUUUGCCUCUUCCUUCCACACUGACGUCAUCAAAUGUUUCGAGUGCCCCACUGAGAUUUAAAGUCUGAGGUCGGACGUGUGGUCUUCUCCUUACAGCCACCUUAACAAGCCCCCAGGCUGCCCUCCGAGGGGAGCCGCACAUCAAAUCUGUCUCUGCGUACCUCAGCCUGAGGUAAGAUGAGUGAUCUCCCAGAGCAGGGAUCCCCUCGCCUCCCCCACACAGCGGCUCUCCUCCCCUCUUCCUCUGACUCGGCGGCCGGCCCAUUUACACCCCAACACUAAUGCUUCCAUGGGCAUGGUGGUGGCACAACUUGGGAGUGUGUGACUGUAAACUAAGUGGACAGGGGCGAGGGAGUGCAGCUUUCGUCCACAGACAGGUGCACUGACCCUGUCCACCCCCGAAGAGGAAAGAACUCGUGGAUUGAAGCUUGAAGGAGGUUAAACAGAGUUGUAAGCGCCUGUGUAUAUCUGCUGCAGUUCGUUGACUGACCAGCAGAGGGCGAGGCGGCCAGCAGCUCCAGCUCCGUCUUCAGAUCUAGGCUACAGGUCAUCGCUUGGAUGCUUCACAAAGAACAUCAGAAACAAAACAUCCAGGCCUAACUGAAGGUCUGGUGUCACUGGAGCGCCUCUCCGUGGGAGAACAGACCGAGACGUGCAUCAUGCUGGACGGCAUAAAAAUUGAAGAUCAUCCCCUGCGCUCGGGACAGGCCACUCUCGGAGUCAUGCUCGGGAGCGACUGUCAUCAUCCCUCCGUGUGUGAAGGAUGCCAGCGUCCCAUCUCCGACCGUUUCCUGAUGAGGGUCAACGAUUCCUCAUGGCACGAGGAGUGUUUGCAGUGCACCGUGUGUCAACAGCCUCUCACCACCAGCUGUUACUUCAGAGAAAGAAAACUUUACUGCAAACACGACUACCAACAGUUGUUUGCGACCAAGUGCAGCGGCUGCAUGGAGAAGAUCGCCCCCACGGAGUUUGUGAUGCGAGCUCUGGAGUGCGUCUACCACCUCAACUGCUUCUGCUGCUGCGUGUGCGACCGGCAGCUGAGGAAGGGCGACGAGUUUGUCCUGAAGGAGGGUCAGCUGCUCUGCAAGAUCGACUACGAGAGGGAGAAAGACUUACUCAGCUCAGUCAGCCCGGAUGACUCAGACUCAGAGAAAAGUGAUGAUGAGGAGUUGGAUAUCAAGCCAGAGAAAGGCAUCGCAGGCCAGGGGAAGGGGGAUGAUGGGAAGGAUCCCAGGAGGCCCAAAAGACCACGAACCAUACUGACCACUCAGCAGAGACGGGCCUUCAAGGCCUCCUUUGAGGUGUCCUCAAAACCCUGCAGAAAGGUGCGGGAGACACUGGCCGCAGAGACGGGACUCAGUGUUCGGGUGGUGCAGGUGUGGUUUCAGAACCAGAGAGCUAAGAUGAAGAAGUUGGCAAGAAGACAGCAGCAACAACAAGAACAACAGAAUUCUCAGAGACUGGGCCAAGAGGUGAUGUCCAAUAGGAUGGAGGGAAUGAUGAACUCCUUCACACCGCUGGCUCCGCCACAGCAGCAGCUGGUCGCCAUGGAUCAGAACGGCUACAGCACGGACCCAUUCCAACAGGGGCUCACCCCCCCACAGAUGCCCGGGGACCACAUGAACCCAUAUGGUAAUGACUCUGCUUUCCAUGACAUAGACAGCGACACGUCUUUAACCAGCCUCAGUGACUGCUUCAUGGCAUCGUCAGAAGUCAACUCCAUGCAGGCCCGCGUGGGAAACCCCAUUGAUCGCCUCUACUCAAUGCAGAACUCUUAUUUUGCAUCAUGAAAGAGAAAAAAAGUGGGGGGGAAAAAGAGGAAAACAUCAGCACAGAAUAAACUGCCCAUCUCAACCCUGAAGCACGAAGGCCGGGAGUUUUUUCUCCACCAACACGGACUUGACAGAAGAAACACCUCCUUGCAGUGUCUCCUGGCUAAGUGCUGAAGAUUACGCAAAGAUAGUAAAACCACUUGUUGUAGGACGGUGAAGAUCCUUGGGGGGUAAAGACUUAAAUAUUGUUAGAGAUUAUCCGGUAGGAAUGUUAUCCGUUCCAGGAGAUAUUACUCUUUUCUUUGUUCACUUAAAGAAAACAAGUAGAUAUUGGUGCCACCUAUUACACAAACCAAAUAACACAGUGAAUUUAUACAGUGCAUGAUCAUUGUAAACUAAAUCUUUUUGUAAGCCCCCCCCCCCCCCCCCCCCCCAUGGUUAAGAUGUGGUGUUUGAACAGUUUCUUCUUCACACUACAUGGAGUUCCAUGUUCACUGUUAGCAUUUUGAUCACUUUCAAUAGGUUUAGAUAUUGUGUUAAUAGUGAAUAGGUGCAGCAUGUCUGCAAGAGUGACUGUACAGUUGUGUAUGUAUGAGAGGAAAAAAAGUGCGGAGAAGUGGAGACAUGUAGGAUCAGUGAAGUGUAAAUACUUUCCCCAGGCAAAUUGGAUGUGCAUGUUAAAAAUGGAAAGCAUUCUAUUUAUUUAACUAUAACAGGCUCUUGAAGGUGCAUAUUAAAACUGAAAAGCUUUAUUUAAAAAGGAGAGCAUUUUUUUUGUUGAGCAAUUAGUGAGUUCAUGAGUAUCACAACUCAUCUGUAUGCCUUUUUAAUAUGAAGAUUAACCCUUUUGUUUUUGUUUAUUUCCUCAGCCAAGCUGUAAAUGAGCAAUGUUGCUAUUUAUUUCGUACAGACCAUAUACCUUUUGUUGUCAUUGUCAUAUGUGCAUUCUCAAAAAAUGUUAAAGUUGCUAAUUGACCAAAGUUGACUGGUUUGAUGAAUAAACAAUGUCUUUCUCCUGAUAACAUUAAAUAAAUACCAUUCAGUGAUCAUUCA